CUAAGAUGGCGGCGGUUGUGGGGAGAAGUGAGCGACGCUGACGUCCGGAAACGUUACAGGUCCAUGAACUGUCUGCCUUGUGUCAACAAGGGCGAGGGCCUUCUCAGCAGUGGCCCCUGUCUUGUGAAACCAGCUGCCCGAAGAGAUGGCUGGGGAAACUGUUGAAAAGAGAGAACGGGAUUCUUCACCCGUCAAAGAAGAGCGAAGACGCUCACGCUCACCAGACCGGGAACGUGACCGAGAUCGUGAUAGGAAAGGUUCUCCUCUUGCCAAGGACAGGAAGCGUCACCGUUCCCGUGAGAGGAGGAGAGGCAGUAGGUCAAGAUCCCGCUCCCGAUCCAAGUCAACAGAGAGGGAACGACGGUAUAAAGAGAGGGAACGGGAGCGCAAUAAGAAGGACCGGGAGCGGGAGAAGGAUGGGCACCGAAGAGACAGGAAACGCUCCAGAAGCAUCUCUCCAAGUCGCAACAAGGACUCCAAAUCCAGGAAAGACAGAGAUUCCCGCAAGGAUGAAGAGGAUGAUGCAGGGGGCAAGAGGGAAAAGGCACAGCCACUCUCCCUGGAGGAGCUGCUGGCUAAGAAAAAAGCUGAGGAAGAGGCUGAAGCCAAGCCCAAAUUCCUUUCCAAGGCAGAACGAGAAGCUGAGGCCUUGAAACGCCGGCAGCAGGAGGUGGAGGAACGACAGCGGCUGCUGGAGGAUGAGAGGAAAAAAAGAAAGCAGUUCCAAGAAAUGGGCAGGAAGAUGCUUGAGGACCCCCAGGAGAGAGAGCGGCGUGAGCGGAGGGAACGCAUGGAACGGGAGACCAACGGCAAUGAAGAUGAGGAGGGGCGGCAGAAGAUCCGCGAAGAGAAAGACAAGAGCAAGGAAUUGCAUGCCAUCAAGGAGCGGUACUUGGGUGGGGUCAAAAAGCGGAGGCGCACCCGGCACCUGAAUGACCGCAAGUUUGUCUUUGAGUGGGAUGCUUCAGAGGACACUUCCAUUGACUAUAAUCCUUUGUACAAGGAGCGACACCAGGUUCAGCUGCUGGGGCGUGGCUUUAUUGCUGGCAUCGAUUUAAAACAGCAGAAACGGGAACAGUCCCGCUUCUAUGGAGACCUGAUGGAGAAGCGGCGCACACUGGAGGAGAAAGAGCAAGAGGAGGCACGUCUGCGCAAGCUGCGUAAAAAGGAGGCCAAGCAGCGCUGGGAUGAUCGGCACUGGUCUCAAAAGAAGCUGGAUGAGAUGACGGACAGGGACUGGCGAAUUUUCCGGGAGGAUUACAGCAUCACAACCAAGGGGGGCAAGAUCCCCAACCCCAUCCGUUCCUGGAAGGACUCCUCACUGCCCCCUCACAUCUUGGAGGUUAUCGACAAAUGCGGCUACAAGGAACCUACUCCUAUCCAGCGUCAAGCCAUCCCUAUUGGUCUGCAGAACCGUGAUAUCAUUGGUGUGGCCGAGACCGGCAGUGGUAAAACCGCUGCCUUCCUUAUCCCACUGCUGGUAUGGAUCACCACCCUGCCCAAGAUCGACAGGAUUGAGGAGUCAGAUCAGGGCCCUUACGCCAUCAUCCUGGCCCCCACCCGUGAGUUGGCUCAGCAGAUCGAGGAAGAGACCAUCAAAUUUGGAAAGCCUCUGGGAAUCCGCACAGUGGCUGUUAUUGGUGGCAUCUCUCGUGAGGACCAAGGCUUCCGGCUGCGCAUGGGCUGUGAGAUUGUUAUCGCCACUCCUGGCCGUCUCAUUGAUGUGCUGGAGAACCGUUACCUCGUGUUGAGCCGCUGCACCUAUGUGGUAUUGGAUGAGGCCGACCGCAUGAUUGACAUGGGCUUUGAGCCUGAUGUGCAGAAGAUCUUGGAACACAUGCCUGUCACCAACCAGAAACCUGACACUGAUGAGGCUGAGGACCCUGAGAAGAUGCUGGCCAAUUUUGAAUCGGGCAAGCACAAAUACCGACAGACGGUGAUGUUCACAGCCACCAUGCCACCUGCUGUGGAGCGCCUGGCCCGCAGUUAUCUGCGCCGACCCGCCGUGGUCUACAUUGGCUCAGCUGGGAAACCGCACGAGCGUGUGGAGCAGAAGGUCUUCCUCAUGUCAGAAUCGGAGAAGAGGAAGAAGUUGCUGGCUAUUUUGGAGCAGGGCUUUGAUCCACCUAUUAUUAUCUUUGUCAACCAGAAGAAGGGCUGUGAUGUACUGGCCAAAUCUCUGGAGAAGAUGGGGUACAAUGCCUGCACCCUUCAUGGUGGCAAAGGUCAGGAGCAGCGAGAAUUUGCACUCUCCAACUUGAAGGCUGGUGCCAAGGACAUCCUAGUUGCCACAGAUGUGGCUGGACGUGGUAUUGACAUCCAGGACGUGUCCAUGGUGGUGAACUAUGACAUGGCUAAGAACAUAGAAGAUUAUAUCCAUCGCAUUGGUCGAACAGGAAGAGCUGGCAAGAGUGGUGUGGCUAUCUCGUUUGUCACCAAGGAGGACUCCGCUGUCUUCUAUGACCUCAAGCAGGCCAUCCUUGAGAGCCCAGUAUCCUCCUGCCCACCCGAGUUGGCCAACCACCCAGAUGCCCAGCACAAGCCAGGAACCAUCCUCACCAAGAAGCGACGAGAGGAGACUAUCUUUGCCUGAGCCCUGUAGAAGUGCCACAACAGGUUCUCGGAUUGUGAUGGGAGGACAUCCCCCCCCCCUUCAUGUCCUGGAGCUUAAGCAAGACUGACUAAGGGAGUUCCUCUCUCCAGAUGUGAAGUGGUCCUUCAGUCCCACGUUCCUUGCCUUCACAGAGGCAGUGGCUUUCAUUCCUCCCCCACAAAGGAGUUCACUUUUCCCCUUGUGCUGAUGACCAAACAGUGGGGACUGCAGCCAGGGGAAAAAAGAUGUCCUGAUCGCUUCACUUUUGUUAUUGUUGGAUCCAAUGUUUAUAUUUUCCUCCAGGCAAACUUCCUUAAUCCUUGAGUUAAGAAGCUGAACUCAAGCUGUGGCCAGCACUCUUACCUUGCUUUGUUGGCACUCUGACUUCAGCCCCUGUGACUGUGGGCUAGGCUGCUACAUGUUUUCUGUCCCUUUCUCCCCAACUUAUAAGACCAGGGUUUAGGCCUGCCUGAGGAAAGUCGCUGCAGAUCCUAGGCACUGUAGACAGAUUGCUGCAGGCACUCUUUAUUUUGUCCCAGGGAAGACUUAACCCACCCACCCCCACCCCCGUUCCAGACUGUUGGGUUUCAGCCUGUUAGUUUUAUGGGUGUGUGUACAGAAAGCUUGUUUAUCCAGUAAAAAUGGGGGCAGGAGGUUGACAGAGAGAAAGCCUCUCUGAUAUUUUUUAAUGAUGAUUUCUGCUUCUAUGAAACCAUGUGAAAUGUUGCUCAGGACUUUUGUCACAAACAAGGACAGGGACUCAAGUUCAGGCAAUGAGGUUGUCCUGUGAAAUAAUCCGUCACUGCAGUCUUUUGAAUCUAGCAGUGGCCCCUUAAAAAAUAAAAAGGCGAUACCCAAAAGAAG